AUGCAACAGAGUGAGAGGAAUUGGCUGGACUGUGGGAACUCCAUCAAUCGGCCCGUAAAUCCCGUUCUUCCUGUUCCGCGUGACUAUGACGGGUCAAUCGACAGUGUGCACAGACCACACUUUGUUCAUCAUCAUCAUUCCCAUCCGCCGUCGUCGCCGGCGACACCUACCACCUCACUUAUCAUGGACACUGACAAAAUGGCAGUCGACAGUCCUGGGCGCGAGUCCAAGCGACUGCUAGAGAACUCGCCAAGAAGCCUUCCUCCGCUGUCGGACCAACAUUCCCAGAAUAAUGACCGAAAGGCCACUCCGAAGUCAGAAAUUUUAGAACAGCCACCCAGGGAAGACAGGAUCUUGACACCUCGUGUUGCCACUCCGAUUGUUAUACCUCGAUCUGAGCCAGGGGGACCGUUGCGAGACGACACCCAGCGAUCUCGCAGAGCGUCACCGAUGGACACUCGCGCCUACUCUACCUCAGACCGCCCCCUGAAUGUGACCGACGCUCUCAGUUACCUUGAUGCCGUCAAGGUCCAGUUUCAGGACAAGCCAGAUGUAUACAACCACUUCCUCGACAUCAUGAAGGAGUUCAAAAACGAGCAGAUCGACACUCCUGGCGUCAUCCAGCGCGUCUCUCAUCUAUUCACAGGCCACUCUCCGUUGAUACAAGGCUUCAAUACCUUCCUUCCGGUCGGUUACAGGAUUGAAGUCAAUGGCGACCCUCAGAACCAUUUCAUCACGGUGACAACGCCUAGUGGGAUAACAGUGCAGAGUACGGAUCCUUCAGUGAAGCCACUACCUUUCCCUCAUGGCACCGGAUAUGGAGCUAGCAUUGACCACAGUGCUCCGCGGCCUGCAUCUCCGGAGUCCCGGUCCUACGGCGGGAUGGACGGGCAGGCUAUCGAGCCUGCGGUGCAAUACGUGCAAAAGAUCAAGCAACGGUGCGAUCCCGAAACUUAUCGGCAGUUCUUAGACAUCCUGUCGCGUUAUCACCAUACCCCGGAAGCCAUUGACGAGGACGAAGUCUCUAGGCAGAUUGCCAGGCUGUUCAAAGAUGCCCCGGAUUUGCGUGCAGACUUUCGCGUGUUCAUGCCUGACAGAAGCCAGCAACUUUUGGAUGAGAAAGCACCAGCAUCGUCCGCGCGUGAGAAAGACAGGAAUAGACGCAAGUUGGAUGUUGUAGCGAGUUCCGUCAACCACAACUCGUCACUACCGCAAAAGAGGAAGAGGAAGACGGCAGAUAAGGAGCGAGAACGUGAAAAGGAGCCUACGCCUUUGAAGACCUUGCCACCCGCGAAGAAACUAAAACAUUCCUCUACGCAAGAUACUGCACCAAUAUCCUAUAACCCUAAACAUGUUGUCGCCGCCCCGUCUUCUCCUCGACGUGCCAGUCAUCACGCCCUCCCUCCUCAACCCCCAAGAAUGCCUGUGGCCAACGAUGACGCCCAAUUUUUUGAUCGUGUAAGGCGAGUCCUACAGAGCCGAGAAAUCUACAACGAAUUCUUGAAACUUGUCAAUCUCUUCGCUCAAGAUUACAUCGAUACCGCCCGUCUUGUCAAAGAAAGUCGGCAUUUCUUGGGUAAUACUGAACUAUACAAGCAAUUCCGGGAUAUCGUGGGCUGGGACGACAAAAAGGAACGCGAGCACUUCUUAGCUGAGCAGCAUAACCAGAGUGGGUGGACUAAGCCUGCGCUUGCUGGUCUGCCGGCCAGGCCAGGGCGAAUUGACCUCAGCGAGAAGUAUGGAAGUUAUCGCAAAGUUUCUGCCAGUGAGGCGAAUGUCCCGUGUUCCGGACGUGAUGAAAUGUGCCGGUCUGUUCUGAAUGACGAGUGGGUCUCCCAUCCGACUUGGACGAGUGAAGACUCCGGGUUCAUUUCGCACAAGAAGAACAUCUAUGAAGAGGCUCUUCACCGGAGCGAGGAGGAGCGCCACGAAUACGACUUCCACAUCGAGGCCAUUGUACGGACAAUCACAAUGCUUGAGCCUAUCAACAACAAGAUCGCCCAGAUGAGCCCUGAAGACAGAGGCAACUUCAAGCUCAAGGCAAACCUAGGCGGGUCGUGGAAAGCUAUCCACCAGCGGGUGAUCAAGAAGAUCUAUGGACGCGAGGCAGGAUUGGAGGUCAUCCAGGCCAUGCAGGAGACACCAGUUCAUGCUAUUCCUGUCGUCCUACAACGCCUGAAACAGAAGGAAGAGGAGUGGAAGCGGGCUCAGAGGGAAUGGAACAAGGUCUGGAGAGAGGUUGACGCACGCAACUAUGCCAAGAGCCUAGACCACCAAGCUAUCUCGUUCAAAAUGAACGACAAGAAGGCGCUGGCGACCAAGGCCCUCGUAAACCAGAUUGAGACCGCCAGAGAGGAGCAGACAGCGAAGAGGGCAUCGUUGAUCGACCCACUGUUCGCUCGGACGCGGCCUCGGUACCAGCUUGAGUUGCUCAUUGACAGCGAGUCUGUGCUCCAAGACGCUAUCAAGCUGACGUUCUCGUUCUUGGACCGGACGCAAGGCCAGAUCAACGCGAUAGACCGCAGGCGGAUCGAGGGCUUCCUGCGGACGUUCAUCCCCCUUUUCUUCACCCUCGAUUCUAUGCAGUUCAAUUCCUCCUUCAUCGUUCUUGACACAGUCGAGAGCGACAACAGUGACGUCGACGUGGCAAGCGUCGCUGAAGACACCGAUGGUCCUGCCACGUCGAACGUUCGAGGGGCUGGAAGAAACGGACGUAAGCACGCUCCUCAUCAUUCGUCCGGAGGUGAUUUGAGGAAGAAGCUGCUCAAAAGCGAACAAGCCAAGUCGACGAACAGGAAGACGAGGGCACACCAGGAGGCUCCAUCGCCUGCUGUGUCCAGAUUUGCGUCCCCUAUCCCGCUGGAGGAGGAUAAGGCGGAGUCGUCCUCUGCAGCAACUCAGCGUUCUGACAAGGGCAUACAUGCUUUUUUCACGAAUACGACUUUCUACGCAUUGCUGCGCUUGAUCGAGGUUCUUUAUUCACGCCUGAACCUAUUCAAGAGCAUUGCAGCGACCUUGUCAAAAGAACGGCAUACAAAGAAUUCAAGUCAGAAUGGAGCGGAUACUGGAACCACUUCCCCUGGGACAAAUCACUUCUACGAGACGCUGCUUGGUCAGUGCGAACGCCUGUUCGAGAACGAGAUUGAGCAGCACAAGUUUGAAGAUGACACGAGGGCAGUAUUUGGUCUCAAGCAUGCGUACAAGAUCUUUACUAUCGACAAGGUCAUUGGCGCAAUAAUCAAGCAGGCUCAGGCCAUCAUUGCCGAUCCGAAGAGCCAAGAGUUACUUGAAUAUCUCAAACGUGAACGCUCUUUGCCCACCCCAACCACGCAGGAUCGCAUUAAUAGCCGUCGUCACGCUGAAAAGGUGCUGGGGCCCGACGAAAAUGUUUUCCGGAUUGACUGGCUGCCCGAGUCCAAGACCAUGACAUUCCAGUUGAUCGGGAAAGACGACACAAAUUUCGAGGAUCCAGAAGUUCUGACCGGGCGAUGGCAAGCUUACAUCGAUGCAUACAUAUCGAGUGAUGCGACUAAAGGGGUCUCCCACAUUCGUGCGAGACGACCAUAUCUUCGAAGAAAUCUCCCUGCCGCUGUCCGAGAAACGCCUCCAGAUGUUACCUCACAGGAUGGACUCGAGAUCAAGGUCUGCGUGCGGACUUAUCGUCUCUUUUACGUGCCGAAAACGGAAGACUUCAUGUGGAAGUAUCGAAGCAAAGAGGAGGUGGACAAAAAUGCCCAACAGCUCAAGCUCCGCAAUCAGUUGCGUAGGAAUUGGGUCAAGUCUGCAAAGUCAUCGAUUCCGAACCCAUGA